CCUAAUCCACAAAAUUCCCUUCGAGUUCACAGCUAUUGAUGAUAGAAGACUAAACAUGCCGCAAGAGGGCUCCGAGCGUUUGCAAGAUGGUGCUCAAGCAGGGCCCAGCGACCCACAGGAAGAAACAGAUUUUAUUCCUAGUGACUCAUUUACAGGCGCUAGAGCGGGCUAUGUCUUUAAGAAGGAUGACGCGGGCAUCGGCUACUACAAGGACAUCCCUUUAGCAGAGAGACUCAAGGCCGCAGCUGAAGCUCAAAAGGCAAAGCCUAUCGUCGUGAAGGCCAACAACUCCUUGCUGAAGUCGCUGCAAAAGCGCGGACCUGCAAUGUCAAUACCUUCGGGUGUCCCCAAAAAAGCCAAGACAGACGACAACAAGGAUGCUCCAAGGUACCUGAAGGAGAUGGAGCGAUACAAACAAAUGUCUUGCGCGUCGGAUACCAAGCACGACCGCCCUUUAGUGAAGAGCGGCGACAAGGACAAGGUUGAUUUGAAGACUUUGCUUGUCGCGGCACGGCGGGUAGAAGUCGACAUGGCCUUUCUCUUCUCACGCACUCAUCUUCUCGUGCACCUAAAUGAAUCUCAUAUUGCGGCAGUCACGACACUGCUAUGUAUCAACUUGCCUCUUGAUGAAUUUGCGGAAAUGUGGGAUCGUUACUUUCUGCUCAAGCAGAACGAAAAAUGA